AUGGUCCCCUUCUCCUCAUUUAGGUUAUCAAAACAAUAUGACAGAAGUACAAGUCUUGUGUGUUGCAAAUACGUCUCGUUGGACCAAACUACUAGCCACUGCGAUACAUCCGAUACUACCGACACUUUCGACACCCAUUCCUUCAAAUUGACGCUGCCACCAAUAGAUACAGAGAUGUCGACAGGCGUGAUCGACUUGGGCAUACGACAGUCAAAUAACAAGCGAAUUUAUAGCAAGGGUGGUUGUAGAGAAUGCAAAAGACGCAAAAUCAAGUGCGACGAAGGAAAGCCUGCUUGUUGGCAAUGUCUUCGGUUGAAAAAAGACUGUUCAUAUCCAGCUUUGGGGGAAAAAGUACUAAGAGUGCUGAAAAAGAAACAAAAGUUGCAGGCUGGAGAAUCUGUUCUGCCCGAGGAAGAACGCAAGGUGUAUGAGAUACAGCAAGUUCCAUACAUUGCCACCAAUCCCAUGUCCAUCAUGUCGAAUCAAGAUCCGUUGACAGGAAGGAAGCCCUUGUAUGGCCACCCGGAGUCUUCAAGACCGACGCCAGGGUUGCCAGAAGCUACACAACGGGGAUUUAUUGAGGGGCGUAAUACCUCGCAUCCUGCUCCUCCAUAUCAAUCACAUUUAGCCCCCCGCGAGGGAUACUCACGAGAUCUGAUGCCUGCCAAUCUCAACAACAUGCCGCUGGCUGGGCAAUCGCAACUUCCGCCGUUGCAAAGGCCAUUCAACCAACCGAAUUUGCCCAGGCUAUACCAAAGUCGCAUCUUACCUAUUCAACAAAAUGGGUCUAAUUCGACGCCGUUUAAAUAUUACUUCCGCCAAGACCCGCUUGGGGUUGUGCUACCACCACCUCAAAUGUCUAAUCGCCCAGGCUCGACUUUAGACGGCCCAGUAUUUUCUAGUCAGGUUAGAUAUGAUUUGCCACCACGUCCAAUCGAAAGAGCUCGAAGCAGUGCUGGGGUGACGAACUUGUUGAAUAAAUCACCCGAUUCGGAUGCGUCAAAGACGCAAGCACCGAAGCCACAAGAACAAAAUCAGCCCAAAAAAGCAAAACAUGCGCCUGCAGCAACCCAGAAUUCCAAAGAGCCUCAGAACGAAGUGGCAACAUCCUCUAAAAAUGGUAAUGGGUCGUAUUCAAAUUCACCUGCUGUUUUUGGUGACGAUGUGGUUGAAUUGUUCGAAGUUAGUGAUUUGAACUUAUUGGCUACAGAUCUUCAGAAUAUGGUGAAUGGAAUACUAUACAAUAUCACCCCUGAAUCAAAAGAAAAGGCCAAGGAGAAGGAGACGACUGAAGUGAAGACAACCAUGCCUUUUGUUGAUAAAUUGGAAAGAAAUGUUCCCGUAGACUUUAUCAAGUUGGAAAAUGCCCAAAACCAAAGCUAUUUGGAGGAAUUUUAUUACAACUGCUCAAACAUUGUGUUACCAUUUGCAUCCUUUGAUGAGGAGACGAAAGUCUAUUUCAAUCCUGCAAGAGAUUUGUUGUUGAGCACCGCGGCAAACACAGAUUAUGUCUUGGCUGCUGUAUUGGCGAAUGGAGCCCAUUCCAGGUUCAUGAAGACGCGAAAUAUCGAGGACGAAGAAUUUUAUUAUUUAUAUUUGAAUGACUGUGUCAAAUUAUUGCAUCCAGCAAUCACAGACAACACGAAAUUGACAUCCAAGAUUGAAAGUGUGUUGUUGACUGUACUUUUAUUGACUGCUGCCAAUGCAGCCGAUCCAAAACAGGACUGGCGUCCGCAUUUGCGUGGGGCAAAAGACUUGUUGAUGAAAUGCUCAAGCAAAAAUGUAAAGCCCUCAAAAGUGUUUGUGUUUUGCAAAACAUGGUUUGUUACAUUGGAGGUAUUAGCUGGUAUAAGUUCAAAAAAGGGGGGAACAUUACAAACGCACGACGAAAUGGAUGAGUUGUUUAAUUUGAGUAGUGACUACGAAAUCAAAGUAUUGAAAGAUUUGGGUAUCAUCUUGAGUAAUGGAUUUAACAUAAUGGGAGGAUAUCAUCAUGACUGCUACAGUACAUUUCGUGAAUUAAUCAAGAUUUUAAAUAAAAAGAGGAACGGUACGUUGGAUGCAAGUGACUCCUUACUGUAUGUCGAGUUGUUUGCCAAGUGUGAAACUUUGCGAGAAAUAGAAUUUGUCAAGGAUCCAGCGGCACCAGGAAAUAUACUUGUGGAAGAUGUUGGAAGCUGUGUCAUUUCUUGGGCUGAUGUGAGCCAUAAGCUGUACAUGGCUGCUUCGAUGAUCAUUCUCCUUCAGUCGUGUUUUGAUGAGUCUUAUACUUCACCCCAAAUCCAGGUAUUAACAAACCACAUUAUUGAUUUGGUCUCGUUUGUCACCAACUAUAUUCCAUUUGCUCCAUCAUCCAAGUAUAAAGCCAACAAUGGACUUAUGAUGCUUCAAUGGCCUGUAUUAGUUGCGGGCCAGAAUUUGGAACCAAGUGAUGACAAGGAGAAGGAGAUUGUUCGGGUGUUUUUUGAACACCUGUCAAGAGUGGGAUCAGGGGGAGCAUUGAUUGCAUUGAAACGCAUCAACCGCGUGUGGAGGAAAAGAAUCGACCCCUCCAUCACAGAUGAUGGGAAUGAGUCAGAGGACCUACUUUCCUACUGA